GGAGAGCCUCCAGAUGCCGCGACCGGGGUCUGGGCCGCGACUGCCGAAUCACCUGCAGGUGAAACCGGCAUCAUGGUUCUACCUGCCAGAUGAUGUGGGAAAUCUACCCCUUUUGCCAGAUGAGGUUUGGGAUGCCAGCCUGGACAUGGACAGCCAGCACUUCCCCUUGCUGCAAGCACUACUGCUACGAUUGCAGAGGAACGAGACUGUCAGGAUCCAAAUCUAUGGGGGUAGCAUGACCUUUGGCGAGGGUUGCUGCACCAGCUGUAAGCUGCGACAGCGAGACUGCAGUUGGCCCAUGCAGGUCCUGGCACGGCUUCGCCAAAGCUUCCCAGGAGCAACGAUCCUGAUGGAUCACAGGGCCAGAGGAGGCUGUGAUUUGGAGUGUUCCUUGCCUGAAGUGGUGAUGACCUUGAGUGGAAGUGACACGGUCUAUGACUGGCUGAUCAUGGAUUUUAGUCAAAACGGUAUGGGGCGUCUCACCACCUUCGAGGAGAUUGUGCGGGUUUGCCACUUUUUCUUGCCCAACACCUUGGUGAUGGUGAUUUAUAGCCGUGACAUGGUGAACAAGCCUGGCAAUUACCGUGACAAGAAGAUGUACGAGACCUACAGGGCAGUUUCGAAACACUACAAGUUGCCAUUCCUGAACUACGAGGCGGCGAUGCAGAAGUUCAUCAGCACAGGGGGUAACGAGACUCUGAUGUGGUCGUCUAAGUCGAGACAUCCCAAGUUCUCCGCCCAUGCCUUCUAUGCAGACAUGCUCAGCUACUUUUGCAAUCGGCAGUUGGAGGAAUUGGAAAAGGUCGAUGCCAAGUCGGACGUCUCCACCUUGAUGCCCGUUCUGCGAAAGCCCCGUGACCUACAACCAGAUCAGGAGUUCAUCAAGCCUUUGCAAGAGAAAGUGAGCUUGGCCAACAUUGAUGUGUGCGUCUUCCCGCUGACGCAGCACGUGGCCCGCGAGCCGUCGUCGUCGUCUCCACGCUCGAGCGCCACGCAGCAGUGGAGCUUGUAUGAGGAUCGACCCAAUAAGCCGGGCUGGAUCACCACCACAGAGAAUGGAGAAGCCAUCUCCUUCAACAUGACCUUUAGCAGCCGUCCCAAGCUUAUGGUCCAAUACCUACGCUCCUACAACAACAUUGGAGAUGCUGAAAUGCACUUCGACUCCAGCUAUUUGUGGAUUUGGAAAGGCCAGAGAAAUCUGGGGGUCCGGGACACCUUCACGCUGAAGGGCGCGUGGGCGGAGAAGAUCUCGGUGACGCAAAAUGCGCUCUUUACCAAAGAAAAGCUGAAACCCAACGUCAAUGAGGUCAACACUGCGACGAUCUCUUUUCGCUUGGCGAAGGGACCCAAGUUCAAACUGAUCUCGCUGAUAUCCUGCUAGACUGCGAGGUGGGCCAAGCCCAUCUUUGUGAGAAAAGCACCACCAGAGGCUGGUGCCACGUGAAGGACUCGCAGAGUGACAUGCCUGUUGUUUGCCAGUCGAAGACUGGCCAUGCCAACCGGCGGGGGUUGGCAAAGCCGCUGACGGGAGCUGGGGCAGAGUCAGAAUCCAUAUUCUGGGGUAGGAUUGGUGGCUGUACCCCAAGUGCUGGGGUAUUUUCCGCUCUUUUCGAGUUGCCAAUCAUGUGGUAGUUUUGCGGAAGGCACGCUGCCGCACUCCCAAUGACAUGUGUUGUCACUGCGGGAAGUGGUGAAAACAAAGAUUUGCGAGCGAGUAUGCGGCCAAGAGCUUUGUGCCGACUGUGCUCCCUCACCCAGGCAAGAAUGCAGUAACCUUUUUCUGCUUGAACCCUCCAGGAAAUCAAACUUCACACCAAAAGUAA